UCUCCGAGUCCCCAUCUCCUAUAUAUAGAAGAUAACCAUAUCAAAAUUUUCCCGUUCCCGAUCCACGAAGAAACUCGAAGCCAAAAGCCAAAAACCAAGAGCUUCCAAAAAACUAUUCCACGAACAGAAAAAAAAGAAGAGAGAAAGCGAAAGCGAGAGAGAGAGAGAGAGAGGGACAGAGAAGAUGACGAAUACGUCGUCGUCUGGAGAAAUGGUGUACGUGGAGCACAAAAAGGACAUCAAUGGCUUCCAUAAGGUCAUUCUCCGCGAGGUUCGCGGUUGCUCCGCUGAGGUGUAUUUGUAUGGAGCUCAAGUUACGUCUUGGAAGAAUGAACAUGGGGAAGAAUUGCUUUUUCUAAGUAGUAAGGCUAUUUUUAAACCUCCAAAGGCUAUCCGUGGAGGUAUUCCAAUAUGUUUUCCUCAAUUUGGAAAUCAUGGUUCUCUUGAACAACAUGGAUUUGCUAGGAAUAGGACUUGGACCGUAGAUCCUGAUCCCCCACCUUUUGCAACAAUUAGCCACAAUAAGGCUUUCAUUGAUUUAAUCCUUAAGCCCUCUGAAGAAGAUGCAAAGAUCUGGCCUCACAGAUAUGAGUUUCGCCUAAGGAUAACUUUGGGACCUGGAGGAGAUUUGAUGUUGACAUCCCGUAUUCGCAAUACAAAUAUUGAUGGAAAGUCGUUUACAUUCACAUUUGCCUACCACACAUAUUUUUCUGUCACGGACAUCAGUGAAGUGCGGGUAGAAGGACUAGAGACCCUUGAUUAUUUGGAUAACCUGAAGAAGAGAGAGCGAGUUACAGAACAAGGGGAUGCAAUAACGUUCGAAUCAGAAGUGGACAAAACAUAUCUCAGUACACCAACAAAAAUUGCUAUUAUUGACCAUGAAAGGAAGAGAACAUUUGUAUUGCGAAAAGAUGGACUUCCAGAUGCUGUGGUUUGGAACCCAUGGGAUAAGAAAGCAAAGGCAAUUCCUGAUUUUGGGGAUGAUGAGUACAAGCAUAUGCUGUGUGUUGAAGCUGCUUGUGUGGAAACGCCCAUUACAUUGAAACCAGGUGAAGAAUGGAAAGGAAGGCAGGAACUAUCUGCCGUUCCUUCCAGUUAUUGUAGCGGACAACUUGACCCACAAGUGGUACUCCAAAGCGGUUAAAGUUCAACUGUCUGGGUGCAUAUCUUGUACAGGGCUCUAUUGCAGUCUAGAUUUGGUGUUGUCAGAGAAUUCUUGCCAGAAUAUUUUUUGUUGGAGGGCAGAAUCAUCAUUACCAGAAUUGUCUAUAUAAUGUCAUUGAAGCUUUAUUUGGUUAAAGAAAAAGGAACACAGAAGGAAGUUUCAAAAAAGAGUUGCUUUAACAAUUGUAUAUUACUAGAUUUCUACCGAAAAAAAAGUGGAAGAGAAGAAAGAUGACACAUCUAGGCUUCUUAUUUGUUUGGUUUUUGUUCCUCCACCCACUUCAUCUUCUUUUGUAGACAUGAAUUUAUUAUUUGUAUGGAAGAUCAUUAGUUUUUGGUGCAUGAGACAUCUCUUGCAUUCAUGACUUGUUUGGGACACCAUUGUUUACUAAGUACCCCAGUGAAUGGAUUACUUUGCAGCAUUUAAAUGCUUAA